AUGGAUGCCGAUUACUUUGACCAUCAAAAUAGGACCACGUUUCCACCUCUUCUGCCCAGUGCCAAAGGCCGGACUUUUGAGCAAGGAAGAAAGCAACUGACCGACUCUAUCACGAAUAAGGUCUCACGUCUUGAAAUUUCUCAGAGCUCUGUCCCCAGCUUGGUUGCAUCCGAUGCCUCUUCGGCAGCAUCAGUGGCCUCUAUAGAGGACGACGGUGUUCAGGAGCUUUGGAUACAGAUGAAGGAGCGGCGUCAACGGCUGAACUUAAUCAAAGAAAACAUGACUACCAAGCGCAAAGCUCUCCAGGAGCUGCGUCGUAGGAAAGAUGAAGCCGAUAACACCUUCAUGCAUAUGCUCCGCCCCAUUCUUGUUAGGGGUCGGCAAGGUCUACCGGGCAUGUCUAACGAAUUGCUGGACAAACGCUUUGCAGAAAUGCAGUCACUUCGCACAGAGUAUCAUUGGCUCGAGUCCGGGUACGAGGAACAUGAAUUCGCGCUAGACGAGCAGGAGGUCGAACUUAUCAAAAUCGAGACGCGAUUUUUUAGCCUUCUGGCUGCGGGGAGCGGGAGGAAUAUUCGAUCAGCCCCUCACACGGAUGAUUCUGAAGACAGCGAAGCUGAGGAAUCAACGGACAUACCUUAUGAGCUGACCGGCAUUUCUCGUAAUGGACCGACCGACGAUUCCCAUCCGCUCUGGGAGGAUCUCGUGUCUGCAGUCGGAGACUUGAGCAACGCCAGAGAAGAGUACGAUGAUCUUCUCCUCUACCACAGCCAAUACACCUACAGCAUGGAUGUAAAAAGGUCUGCUAGGAAGCCGCCUAGCGCGGAAGAGAUCGAGUUCAUGGACGAAUUUCCGGAAGAAGAACGCGAGAAGCGACAACAUGUCGACCACCUUACGGAGGAGGUUGACAGGCUCAAGGAGAUUUGCAAGCAAAAGGGGGCAAUGAAGAAGCAUCCAUCCUUCAAAAUCGCGUAUGCUCUCGACCCCAACAUUGGAGAUGAUCUGUCACUCGACAGCCCUCCUCCAGAAUCGAAGACCCUCGCUCACUGGCAGUUCCCGGAGCUUUUAUCUUGCCCCGACCACGUUCUCCGACCGGAGCCGCUGACGGCUCUGGAUGAGCUGAAGCGCGCUGCAAAAAAUCCUCUUGACAGCCCAGCGAGGAAUCUGCAGCUGUGCGCGGCUCAAAAGGAAUAUAGCAUCUCCAAAUUGAUCACCGAGUUUAAAGGGGAGGACAAGUCUGAUUUCAUCACCAGGUGGCUCCUGCACCAGCUGCGGACUUCGCCACUUGCAGUUGAGCUUCUCUACUCGACCUUCACUCAGACAAUUCGACUAAAGAUUAAGAACUUUCGCCGUUGGCAGCAAGACGUCCUUUUCCACUGGUGGAGAGACAGUGCGGUGAAACCGCCGGAUGAGUUCUUCGGCCCACUUACAGGAAGCGGUAGAGUAUGGCCUGGACACGAGGCAAUUCCUGAGCACAUCUCAGAACCUCUAGGGCACGGCAUGCAAUUUUCUACGCCACCGAGAGCAUCGACCGAAAACUGGACGGGUGGCAAUGGACAAGCGUAUGAGGAUACGAGCUGGCCGUCAGCAAUUUGA